AUGUCAGACGCCUCCACAUCGCCAUCAAGCUCAGAAUUGCUUGACUCAGUAACCCCAAUGCCCAUGUCUAGAUCAGUCCGCAAAAGACCUCGCUCUUCAAAUGAUUUUUUUGAGCUCCUAAACUGUCCUAUAUGUUUUGAUUAUUACACCCCUCCAAUCAUCAAUUGUAAGAAAGGACAUUCUUUUUGUAUAAACUGCAUUGAAAGGAUGGAAAGAACAAGUGGGGAUUUAAGGUGUCCCCAAUGUCGCUCCCCUAUUGAUAAAACAAGCAGAAACCAUCUGAUUGAAGACCAGCUUGAAAAAAUCACAGUAGGAUGCAUAUGAAGAGAAUACGGCUGCAAGGUAAGAAUUUCUUUGACUGAAAGAGAAAAUCAUGAAAAAACUUGUGAUAAAAGGCCUGGAGGAGUUUUUUGCUACUUUGCUCAUGAGCCUCUUGGAAAUAGCUGCUCAUGGAAAGGAAACCCUUUGCAAUUGCCUAAACAUUUAGAGCAGUUCCAUGAUAUACAACCCAUCGAAAGAGGUAGAAUUGUAAAAUUCUUAUGAAAUCCACCUAGGCAAGAUCAAGCUCGAUUUAGACACAGAGUAAUAAAGAUUGGCUACCCUUCUGAAAGUAAUAAAACAUAUUUUAUUCUCGAGCAUAUUUAUAUUCCAGAUUGCAAACAGUUGCUAUUUAUGGUCAGAACCUUAGACAGUGAAGUAAAAAUCCCUUAUAAAAUAUCAAUUUUAAAUAGAAGUGAUGAUGAAAAUAAAAUUUCUUUCAGGGGCAAAACAGCAGAUUUUGAGGACAUUGGGUUGCUAAGCCAGUACCCUAAUAUUGAUAAAACAAAAAUUUUUUCAGUCCAUUAUGAUACAUUACAGAAUUAUUCAUUCCAAAACCAAGAAGAUGGGUUGAUAUAUUUUUCUCUGCACGUUGAGUUUUUGAGUGCAGGGUAUCGAGAAGUAGUUGAUGAUUAA